AUGGAAUUUAACACUGGUCACAUUGAUAUCGCAUAUAAAAUUAUUGAGAAUGAAAAGUCUCAAGUAACUAAUCAUUUUGUACAAAUCAGCUACUCUUCAUCAGAGGGGUUAUCAUUUUUCAUGAUCAGCUUUUAUGCGAUCAACCUUGAAAGCUAUCCAGGUACCAAAGAAGAAAAGGAAUCGCAGUCGCUAAAUAGUACUGCUGCUCUCGGAUCAUUCGUUCAGGGUCGGGACAGAAGCCGAAAACUUUUAAAUUCAAAUGUUAAUACAAAUCUUCAGAGUCCUGAAAACAAAAACUUAUUUCAAAACUCAUGUUUCCCCAGUGAACCGUUAAAAUUCAUAGGUUAUCGACCCAUAUUCGGUUCUGCGAAUUAUAUUGACUUAUGUUCUUUCGAUGAUCAUAAUCGUCUCAAAUCUUUUGAAUUAUCAUUUCUAGGUGUUCCUCUCCUCAGUUCUUCGACCCAUUCCUAUUAUUCAGAUGAACGUAUUUACAACACUACCAAACAACAAACUAUGCUUGUAUCAAGUUCUUUUACCAACAAGUCCAAAAAGGGAUGUGGAAAAAGAAGUGAAACUGAAGCAGGCGUUCAUUUAUCUUGUAAUCAUUAUGAAAAGGAACUGAAUUACCUUCGGCAGGAACUUAUGGCGCGCAAUGAAGAGGCAGAAAAGAUUGCGCAUGAACUUAUGCAUGCAAAGAAUGAAGAAAAACAAUUUGGUGGUCAUUUACGCGAACUAACAAAAGAGGGUUCUGCUAAGACAGAUACUAUUAAUAAGUUAAAAGAAAAAGUUUCUGAGCUAUAUGUUGAAGUGGAAUCCCUUCGACAUUCUCAUCAACAAGCCAUCUGUCACCAAGAAGAUUUACAGAAGGAGAUCGACAUUUUGAAGUGUUCACGUGAUUGGUACGCUAAUCAGCUUCGUUCGGUUCAGUGUGUCAGUGAUCGUGUUCAAAAUGAACCUGAAAGAAUUGUCAACUUACUAAAGGAUAGCAGUGAAAUGAAUCAUCGUCUGGCACAUGAAAUGCUUGUUUGCGAGCUCAGUUAGUAUGUAGCAAGGCCGCCUUAGCUGAUGCUAAACGAAAUC